AUGCACCCUACCCUCUGGGGUAAGGCAAGAAAACUUCCGAGUCAUUGCAACGACGCGUCAAACGAAGUGAUUCAGAAAAAUCGAGAGAAAGAUUUUGAACGUCUUGCUGGCCCCGGGAACGCGCCUUGCCCUUCGAGAGAUCUCACUUUUGCACAAGUAGCACACGGCUUUGCACCAAAUUUGAUGCGCAAUCAUGAGGUGAGGCUGCGUCGGGAUCUUGGACCGGCGUUUCCUCGAGCCUCGUUCCGGCGGGCGGCGAGGCUCGAGAGAGAGGAGUGGAGUCUGAUUGCCAGGGUCACCAGCAUAGGAGGUGAGCUUUUUUCUCUUGAGCAGGGUGUUGACACGCGUUCGAGGACCAUGCUCAGUUUCACCUUGAGUCUCUGGCAGCACGGCUCGGUUGUUAGGAGACGCACAACAGCCGCUCAAGAGAACUUUCGAUGUCGCUUGUGCAUACAUAAAUUUCUCGCACCGAUUCUUGCGUCCUUACCAAAAAUCGGCUUCAUCCAUUUCAAAGAGGCCAAGGAUACAGAUCCGGGUAUGCAACGAAUUUGGAAUCCUUUCUUCAUCUUCUUCGAUUCGCUUAAAAGCCGAUCAGCUCGAUCGGCGCCAGCUGUCCUUUCUCGCCCCCUUCAUCGCCUGAUUUUGCCAGACUUGUAUUGUGCGGUGCGAUGUGCUGGCAGCAAAGCGGAGACACUCGAUGUCCUGAUACUCGAAGUGUCCCCUAACCUCCCAUGGGCACGCUACUCCGCACAGCGCCCGUAUAGGCGUACGGCAUUGUUGUCUUCCGUGCCAAACAUCUUGGACAUCGUCUUCGAAAACUCGUAA